GAGGGGCGAGGAAGAGAUUGUUAUUUUCAUAUUUUGUCAGGUCAGCUGUGAGCUGGCUGUGGCUGAGUGCGAGUGGCUGAUUGCCUAUGCCUGCUUGCCCUGCCUGGCUAUCCAGUUAUUGAGAUUGACAAACAAAACUAGAAACUAGCCUAUCGCUGACUUUGACUAUCUACUGAAUUGGGACAAUGGAAGAAAAAAAAGAAACCGCCAUAGACAAACUGUCGGCUUCUGUCGCCUCUGUAAAUUUGGAAUCUGAUGGAGAGGGAAUCCACAACAUGCAAACAUCUAACUUGAGCAGCUACUUCAGCAACAACGCUGCGCCCAGUUCAGCAUCUUUCUUUGACCAAAUUGCCACCAAAGAUGCAACCAAUAAACCUCCAGCUCAUCCUCCUUCCCACCUCUUUCUGCAAAAUCCUCAGGACCAACACAGUCAUUUCCCUGAAGCAAGUGCCCACGUCAUUGCAGACUUUUCGUCUGUUCAGCCCAAUCCUGAAGAUCUAUUCUGCAGUGGAAGCUCAGAAGUAGACCGCAGACGAAACGCCUGGAUUCCUAGCGAGGAUGUGCGAAGAGUUUUGGUGAUGAUUUCGACAAAUUCGCCUGGAAGUAUAACUCCUGAUGAGAACCUGACCAAACCUGGUGUCAUGCUUGAAGAGGACAUGACUGACACAGUGCAAGAACUUGUCCUCCAUUACCUGGGCGAAGAAGAAGCUUCGAAGAGAAAAGUUUUGGUCUGUUCUGAUGUUACUCAAGAUGAUAGGGGGUUGAGAGACUUAAUUCAGGCUGGCUGUAUUCGAGCUGCUGUAAAUUUGACUGGCAGAUUGCUUUCCAUGUAUGGCCAAGAUGCAGGCCGCGCUGGCUAUCCUACUAAACACACUCCUCACUCUAUUCAACUAUGGUCUACAAGAAUAGCACUGCUAGUGAAACUGAGGUCUUUUUCCCUGGCAGAUAUAGAAUCUGAGCCAUUUGGAGACCUUGAGAGACCAGACCUAUACUUCCAGUACUAUCCCGACAUGUACGGAAACAGGCCUGGGACCAUGGUUCCAUUUUCAUUCAGACUGCUCUUGGCUGAAUUCCCACAGUACCUGAACAAGGGAAAAGAAUCAUUGGUCAGACUGCACAGUGUUUUGGCUGUUGUUCGGCAGAUUCUGAAAAAUUUGGACGCUGGUCUCAUGGAAGAUGGCAGUCCAAUAAGCAUAUCGGAUGCUGAUAGAGCUGAAUCAAAGAAGUUGUGGCGCUCAAGGGAAGUUAGGGUCCUGUACUCCAUAGCGAACUGUGCAAUUUUCCAAAAGGCAUAUGAACUUGCUGUGAAUGUGAUAGAGCAAAUAAUUGUGAAAGAGCCAAGCAGCCAGAAGGCACUGCAGUCUGCUCUUGGUCGGCUGAUGCUCAUGCUCGGAGAUGUUUCGGCUGCAGAAAGCUUUUUCUUGUCAUGCGAUCCUGCGGAGACCAGGUCCAUUGUAGAUAGAGGACUGGUGGCAAUCACGCAGAAUGCUUUCCAAGAAGCCUAUGAAAUAUUUGGCAAAGCAUUAGUCAAGGAGCCAAACAACGUUUUGGUUAUUAACAACAUGGCCAUCUGUCUCUUGUACAUGGGAAAGCUGAAAGACUCAAUCAAGCUACUGGAGGACGCGUUGCAGAACAAUCCUGUUGGAGGUUUGCACGAAAGCAUCCUGCUCAACAUUUGCACUCUUUAUGAGCUGGAGUCAACUGUGUGCCUCGAGCAAAAGCUCUCAAUUUUGAAGCUUUUGACUCAUUACAAAGGUGAUGGCAUCAACAUGGCUUGUCUGAAGCUUCAGGUUUAAAGAUUUCUCCCUCUUGAUGGAUUUGAUCUCACGAUUUUAAUCAUUUAAUCAUACUCUAUUUCAGCAUGUUAUUAAUUUUGAAUUAGAAUUUUAAAAAUUGCCUGUUAUCAACAUAUCUAAUAAAAUAUCAUAUUACUUAA